AUGGAAUCAAAUAACUUUGAAACUAAAUCUCUAAAACAUAGAGGGAAGGAUGAGAAGAUGACGAUUAGAAUGAAUCAGAAUCAAAUUAUUGUAGUCUUAGAGCCAUCAGAUUUAUAAUCAGCAAUGAAGCUAUAGAUCGAAUAGAUAAAGGACAAAGCAGCUAAUAAAAAUUAUAAUUGGGAAAUCUUUGAUAUCAAGCAGGAAAUUGGAGCAGGUACCUUUGGAUAAGUAUUUGCAUCGUUGGAUUAAAAGACAGGGAAGAAAUACGCUCUAAAAUUUAUCGGCUAUGAUGACGAAAGCGAUUAGGAUCCUGAAUUUAAGGCAGCUGUCAGAGAAAUUGUCAUUAUGCAGACAUUAUCAUAAACUAAUUGUCAAGGGUUGCUUAAGAUAUAUGAUAUUUAUCCAUGCAUAAAGGAUGAUAACAAAUAUCUAGUGAUCGUAAUGGAAUUGUGUGAUUGUAAUCUAAUGGAGCUCCUAAAGGUAAGAAUAGAAGAGAAUAAAACAAAAUGGACUGAUGAAGAAUUGCUGUACAUUUUAUAUUAGUUGGUUGAAGGUUUUGUAAUUAUGAAGAAACAUAAUGUCACUCAUCGUGAUAUAAAACCUUAAAAUAUUCUAUAUUGUUAAGCAGAUAAAUCUUAUAAAAUUGCAGAUUUAGGAGGUGCCAAAUUUCUGAAGCCAAAAUAAGCUUAAUUAAAUACAGUUCGUGGAUCUCCAGCUUAUUGGGCUCCUGAGAUUUAUUUUUUUUGUGAUUUACAAAAGGACAAGGAAGGUCGUUUCUUUGUUGGUAAAUAACAUUUAAACUAUGAUCCAUACUCAUCUGAUGUCUAUUCAGUUGGAAUCACAUUCUUGUUAAUGCGCAAAUUAAUUCCAAGAUUAGAUAGAGAAUCAUUGAAAAUUGAAGUUGAAAUGCUAAGGAAAUUGAAAUCGCCAUCUAUUUUUGAAUAGAUACUGAUUAAAAUGUUAGAAUAUGAUGAUCAGAAGCGGGUUUCUUUUGAAGAAUUGUUAUAACUCAUUUCCACUUAUAAAGACUUAUUUAAGAAACCUAAUGAAGAUGUAUUCGUCAACUGUUUGAAAACAUAAUAAGAUAAAAAAAAUUUGAGUCCAUAGGAUCUAAUGAUGAGAGAAGUCAAACUAGCAGAGGCCUAUGAAAAGUUGAAUUUACCUGAACAUGCAAAAUCUCAUUAUGAAUUAGCUUUGAAAUAUGCUAUCAAACUAUCCAAAGACAGUGCUAAGGCAGAUAUUAUGAAUAGUUUAGGAACUGUCAAUUGUGAUUUGGAGCAGUAUGAUGAAGCUGAAAAGAACUUUUGUGAAUCUGUUGCUCUAUACAAAAAGUUAAAUGGUGAUAAACAUUCUUCUGUAGCAGAUGGAUAUAACAAUUUGGGGAUUGUUAAAAGAAAAAAAGGAGAAUUUGAAAAGGCAAUUAAACAUUAUGAAUAAGCUUAUCAAAUUAAAGAGUAGAUAUUUGGAGAAAACAAUUUAGGAGGAGCAGUCAUUUUAUAAAACAUUGCAAUGGCACAUAAGAAAUUGAAGAACUACGAUCAAGCUAUUAAAUAUUUCAAAAGUGCCUUGUAAAUCAAGAAAUUAUUAUGUGGAGAUCGCAGCCCAAUCCUUUGUUCAACUUAUGAUAAUUUGGCGAGAGUUUAUUAUGAAAAAUAAUAAUUUGAUAUGGCAAUCUCAUUUUAUUCAAUUACAGCUGAAAUCUAUAGAAAGCAUCAAUAAUCCAAUUAAUAGAGAUUAUCUGAUACUCUAUUUGAAAUAGCCUUGUGUUUCUAGAAAAUUGGUAGAUCGGCUGAAACCAUAAAAGCAGCUCAAGAAUCCUACAAUUUAAGGAAACAAAUUUAUGGAUAGUAUGCUAAAUAGACUGUGAAAAGUUAGGAAUUACUAUCUCAAAGCUUUCUUGAAGAAGGUAGAUAUGAAGAAGCACUGUAACACUACAAUUAACUAAAAUAAUUUUACCUUGAUAAUUUAGUAAAAUGUACUGUCGAUGAGAGAUUUGAUAGUAUGGCUGAUAUACUAAAAAAUUUGGGUGCAUCUUAUAUGGGAAUUUAGAAAUAUGAUAAAGCUUUGGAGCAUUAUAGAGAAGGAAUAGAGUUUCUUAUGAAGAGAAAUGAUAACGAAAGUACAAGAAUGGCAAAAAUAUACUAUAAUAUGGGAUUAGUUUACAGAAAGACUAAAGAUUUUAAAUCUGCUGAGUAGUUUUAUUAAACUGCAGCAAGUUUAAUUGCUAAUAGUAAAUCUGCGUCAGAUUUGAUUACGUUAGGAGAUAUCUACAACAAUUUCGGAGUGUUGUAUGGAACUUAGGAUAAAUUUGUCUAAGCAAAGAAAUACUUUUAGAUGUCAUUAGAACAUUAUCAAAAGGUCCUAGGACCCAAUCACAGUAUAUGUAAAGAAGUGUAAUUGAACAUUAAGGAAUUAGAAAAGUGGUUAGCAAAGUGA